AAGUCCAGCCGGAGCUCGGAGGAGGCUGGAAGUAACGUGUGAGGGCGCGCUGGGAACUAAAGCACAUGUGAGUUGUACAGAAAUGCUCCAAAGAUGGCGGUGGUGGCAGCGACGGGAGUUUCGCGCGGCUCCGGAGUGCAGAAAAGUGGGUUUUUGGAGGUUCUGGUGCGGGAGCGCUGGCACAAAGUUUUGGUCAACUUGAACGAGGAAGCGCUCACGCUGAGCUGCGAGGAGAGCAGCGACGACGACAAUGUCAACUUCAACGGCGUCACCAACGGAUCUUACCAUGACAACAGCAACACCAACUCCAACAACGGGCCGCAGACGGUGCGCACCGCCUUCACCGACCUCCCGGAGCGAGUCCCGGAGGCGAUCGCCAACAGAAAGCGGUGCGUCAAGGUGUCCAAGCAGGAAAUCGGAGGACUGGGCAUCAGCAUCAAAGGAGGGAAGGAGAACAAGAUGCCCAUCCUCAUCAGUAAGAUAUUCAAGGGGCUGGCAGCGGACCAGACCCAGGCUCUGUAUGUGGGGGACGCCAUCCUGUCCGUGAACGGAAUGAACCUGCGGGACGCGACGCACGACGAGGCGGUGCAGGCGCUGAAACGGGCCGGAAAGGACGUGACUCUGGAAGUGAAGUACAUGCGUGAGGCCACUCCGUACGUGAAGAAGGGCUCUCCGGUGUCAGAGAUCGGCUGGGAGACGCCUCCUCCAGAGUCUCCUCGCCUCGGCAGCCCUCCCAUCACCUCCUCCGACCCUCCCAGUUCUCCCACUCAGCCCUCGCUGUCUCUGACCGGCGACCGGAGGUGCAUCCCGCUGAGGAUGUGUUACGUAACCAGAGCCAUGACCACACCUGACCCUGACAACAGACAACUGGAGCUGCACUCUCCUGAUGCCCGACACACCGUAGUGCUGCGCUGCCCGGACCAGCCAUCUGCCCUGUCCUGGUUCUCUGCCAUGCACUCUGCCACAUCAGCGCUGGCUCAGCGGGUGAUGGCCGAGGUCAUCCAGAACACGUCCAGGACAGGAGUCGCUGGCAGCAAAGAGAUCCGACACCUGGGCUGGCUGGCAGGGAAGACGGAGAGCGAGAAGCAGAGCUGGAAGCCGGCGCUGGUGGUGGUGACGGAGAAGGACCUGUUGCUGUACGACAGUUUACCGCGAGGCAGAGAGGCCUGGCAGAGCCCCACACACACUUAUCCGCUGCUGGCAACACGUCUGGUCCACUCAGGUCCUGACCGGGGAUCGCCUCAUUCCGGCACCGAGCUCUUCUUCGCCACUCGGACCGGCACAAGACUCGGCAUCGAGACCCACCUGUUCCGGGCGGAGACCACCAAGGAUCUGUCCCUGUGGACCAGACAGAUAGUCAACGGAUGUCACGCAUCAGCCGAGAUGAUCAAAGAGGUCUCUACGAGUUGUCUUUACCAGG